GCGUCCGGUGUCCGGUCGGUGACGGCGGGCGGUGACCGGUCGGUGGCGGCCCCGGCGGGCGGUGACCGGCCCCGGUGUCCGGUCGGUGGCGGCCCCGGCGGGCGGUGACCGGCCCCGGUGUCCGGUCGGUGGCGGCCCCGGCGGGCGGUGACCGGCCCCGGUGUCCGGUCGGUGGCGGCCCCGGCGGGCGGUGACCGGCCCCGGUGUCCGGUCGGUGGCGGCCCCGGCGGGCGGUGACCGGCCCCGGUGUCCGGUCGGUGGCGGCCCCGGCGGGCGGUGACCGGCCCCGGUGUCCGGUCGGUGGCGGCCCCGGCGGGUGGGCCGCUCGCAGCGGGCUUUCAGAUGUUUGCAGGGGACUUGGGCUAGGCAUCUUGUGUAAUUUCACAUUAAUGAAGGCACUCACCUCAUUCAGAAAUGAAGAAAGGAAAUGGUGGGAAUACUCAGUGGGCUGGGUAACAUCUGUGAACAGAGGAGCAGAGUCAGUGUUUCAGGAAUUCUGAAACCAGAACUGGCAUCUCGUAUCGUCCGAGUCUUCAUCCAGAUGAUUGAUACAGUUUGUGAAGAGUAACAGACUUGGCAACUAUCUCUAUAGGUCUCUACUAUUUCAACACAUUUGGUCUAGAACAUUUAAGCUUAUAUAGUGGAGAUUUACCAACAAUAAUGCAAGCGUGUUACAAAGCAGAUAACGGAACUUGAGACGGCAGCUGAAAGGCUUCACUUGGAGACCAGGGACCAGGAGGCUCAGUGUAUCGGUUUAUAAGUACUGAAAAUGGACAGCUACUUCAAAUCAGCAGUUUGUGACCUGGAUAAACUACUAGAUGAAUUUGAGCAAAAUCCAGAUGAAAACGAUUUUUGCAGGCCUCCUGGAGGAGGGACCAUAACUUCAGAUUAUCCACCUUGUCACUCAAAGUACUCCGCAGACUUGACUGAAGCCUGUGCUCAGACUGCAGUCGACACCCUCUCAUUUGAUGCAUCUUAUAAUCUGGUUGGGGCUGAUUCAUUGUUGCCAAGUAACGUUGAUGCUAAAGAAACUUUACGACAAUCUCAAAAAACUCUUACAGGACUGGACUUGCUAUCUACCGUUGAUAAUAGAACGUCUGAUGAUACAGAACAAUUUAGUCACAGCAGAGGCAGUAGGCCCAUCUGUGAUUUAAUUAGUGACACUGAAAGUGUGACUCAUGAAACAAAUGAUUACGAGGUUGAUGAUGAACUUGAAAUUAAACAUAUUGAAGACCAGGCCAGUGGCUCCCUGCUGAUUGAUUUUAACCAGUCCUCUCUUCCAGUUCAUGCUGGAAAAGUAAAAUGUUCAGGAGAAGGCAGUUUUGGAAUCACAAACUUGUUGGAGCUGGACAUUUCUUUUCACAAUAGUACAGAAAAUGAGGCGCAGAAUUCAGGACAUAUUAGUGGAGGAAUAAGGAACCAGGAAUAUUCAAUCCAGCAUGAGAAUUCUGAUGAGCUCGAAGAUGAUGAAUCUCAAAAAGAAGAGGAGAAUUUUGAUAAAGUGUCCCAGUGUGAAGAACGAGAAGAGUUCUCAGUUACUUCACAGCAAACCAAAGAAGUCAGUUCGGUAAUUGAAGAUGCAGUUGGAUUCAGUGAUUGCAAAGUACAGGAGCCUUCUGACAAUGCAAGAUUGGCUGUGUGUGCGGAUUUGAACAGUGUCAGAACUGUGGCUUUGUGUGGGUUAGGAGAUGUGGAAACUGGACUGGAAGUUGAAAAGGAAUUUUUAAAAGUCAGAUAUACAUGCAAUGCCUCUUCAACAAAAAAUGCUAAUAAAGUAGACUGUUCAAAUAAUUCCAUCAGCUCUUCUUUAUUGAAUUCCGAUUCCACAAUAAACUCAGUAGAUCCAGAGUGGGAUUCAGAGCACAGACCGCCUCAGAAAGAAUGUAAUGCAACUGUAGGCUGUGACUCGGCUAAGUGCUUAAUUACAAACUCUGAUAAGUUGGACUCCGAACCACAUAAUCAAGAAAUACCUUUUGUGGAUGAUACCAACCAGAAUUUGGAGCAUAAUAGUGAUAUUUCGUUAGAGGAACAUUUAUGUUCUGGAGGUGAAGAGAAUAUUGAUGAAAAGGAUGAAAGUUAUCCCAAUACAGAAUGGAUGCAACAGAAGGAAAGUCUGGUAAUGUCAGACACUAUCGCAGAAGCUGUGGUUAAGCCAUUUGAAGAGAUACCGAAUAAUAUAAGUGACACAGAAGCAGUGUUGACUUGUAAAGAACUUGCAGCUGAGUUUUCAUUUGAUGAUAUCCAUAAAGAUGGAUAUGAUGAUAUAAAUGAUGUUUUUGUUAGUGAUGCUGAGCUUGAUGCAUUCUUAAUGGAACAGAAUGAUCACUGUAAUUUGAAAGAAGCUGUGAUAGGCCCUUUGGCUAAUAGUUUUUCAGAACCUAGUGCAGGUCAAAUUGAUCUGCCUGAGACGUAUGAUUUUCUGAAUCUUCCUGAAGCUACUGUGGCUGUUGAUAGGGGUCUUCAAUCCCAGGAGGAAGAAACUCUGCAGCUGGUUGAUCAUGGAACAGAGUCUUUGACAGCAAAUAUACAAAGUGUUCCGUCUACAACAGAAAAUGCUUCAGUGCACUGUCCUGUAAAUGAUGUACAGUUGGAGAUAACUCAUAAACCAAUCCGAACCAAAGACAGCCAGCCAGCGUCCUCCAUUGACACUAGUCACGUAGUUAACGAUACCCAUAAUAAUCAAAUUAACUUUGGAGGAGCUAGACCCAAACUCUUCAAUUCUCAAGCAAAAGUUAUACCAAAACAAGAUCAGAACAACCUAGUAGGUGAUAAUAUUGAGGUUGUUGGUGGCAGUUUAGAUCAAUGUGCAGUGUAUAUUGAUACAAAAGGCACUGUUUCUGAACCAGACCAAGAUGCAUCCAUUUCAAGCUCCGUUUAUAAUUAUGUUCGAGGUACAGAAGAUGGGACCCAAGUGUUGGGACCAUCAUAUGAUUCCAUCACGUGUGAUGAUACUGGAAGUGCAGAAGAAGGUACUUGUGGUGCUGAACAGUUUAUCAAAGAAGCAGCUGUACUUGGACAGAACCAGCCACAAUGGAUACCAGAUUGUGAAGCUCCAACCUGUGCUCGUUGCCAUGCUAGAUUUACUUUCACCAAGAGGAGACAUCACUGCAGAGCAUGUGGAAAAGUUUUCUGUGCUGCCUGUUGUUAUCAAAAGUGUAAACUUCAAUACCUGGAAAACAAAGAAGCUCGUGUUUGUGUUGUCUGUUAUGUUACCAUACAGAAAGCUCAAGCAUUUAAGACAAUGAUGAGUCCAACUGGUCCAAGCCCUAACCCUAAUAUUCCAUCAGAAUAUUGUUCCACUGUUCCACCUCUGCAACAAGCUCAGGCAUCUGGCACCCUCAACUCCCCUCCCCCCACUGUCAUGGUACCUGUUUCGGUACUAAAACACCCAAGAAACGAAAGCACAGGCACUUUUCCCAGAGAGCACAGAAGGGUUUGGUUUGCAGAUGGUAUCCUGCCAAAUGGAGAAGUGGCAGACCCAACGACAAUGACGGGAAGUUCACCAGUUGGCACUGGCAAAGGAACACCAGAAGAUGUGCCCAAUGUCACUCAAGAACCAAAAAUGCCUUCAUCACACAGUGCAGGAGAUCAAGUACUUUCUGAUCUUACAAGUCAAGUUGAUGCAUUGAAGACUGAUUCAGUUGUAACAACAGGUUUAGCAAAUGUUCAAGAUAUCAAGGCUGAUAUUUCUCGAACAGACUACAGAGCACUGGCUGCUGUUGGGAAGUCUGUUCCAAAGAUUAUGAGCCUCAUUCCAGAUGAUGAGAAUGGUCUACCUCCAAUUGUUGUAACAACAGGAAAGCAAGAAGGCCAAGUGGUGGUGGAGGAACAUCCAACUCAGAACCAGGCAAUGUCGCUGCUAGAGGAUGGAGAGCCAAAUCCCUUGACCUUUGUGCUGAAUGCCAAUCUUCUUGUUAAUGUGAAGUUUGUGAAUUAUGCUGCAAGUAAAUGCUGGUGCUUUGUCUCUAAUGGAUUACAUGGUGUAGGCCAGGCAGAAGUUGUCAUUUUGUUAUCAUGUUCAUCUGAAGAAAAUGUAAUUCCCAAAGACAUCCUUAACUUUUAUAUUACACUGUAUCGGGAUGCAUCUAAAGGAAAAACCAUUGGAAAUUUAGGAAUAUUUUCCUUCACAGAAAGUUUUCUAGGUAGUAAAGAUCACGGUGGCUUCCUUUUUGUUAUGCCUACUUUUCAGACACUAGCAAAUCUGCUGAUUCCAAGUAGUCCAUUUUUGUUUGGAAUUCUCAUUCAGAAACUAGAAGUACCUUGGGCAAAGGUGUUUCCCAUUCGACUCAUGCUAAGAUUAGGAGCAGAAUACAAUGUUUAUCCUUGUCCUUUAAUGAGUGUUCGAUCCCGUAAAGCACUGUUUAGUGAAACUGGUCAUACCAUCAUGAAUUUGCUAGCAGAUCUUCGAAAUUACCAAUAUACUUUGCCUACAAUUGAGGGAUUAGUGCUUCAUCUGGAGAUGGGGAAGAGCUCAAUUAAAAUCCCUAAGAGAAGAUACAGUGAGGUCAUGAAAGUAGUAACUUCUUCGAAUGAACAUGUGAUUACUAUGGGAACAUGUUUUAGCCCAGAUGCUGACUCUCACCUGGUCUGCAUACAAACUGAUGAUAAAAAUUAUCAAACGCACGCAAACACCAUUGCCGGGAAGUCCAGAAGAGUUACAGGAGCCUCUUUUGUGGUGUUUAAUGGAGCUCUGAAAACAACUUCGGGAUUUAUCGCUAAAUCUAGUUUAGUGGAAGAUGGACUUAUGGUACAAGUAACCCCUGAAACCAUGGAUGGUUUAAGGCGUGCUCUAAAAGAGAAGAGAGACUUUCAAAUAAUUUGUGGAAAAUUGGAUUCGGAUGACAGAAGAGAAUGUGUAGAUAUUCAGUGGGUAGAUGGUGACGAACCUGUAAAUAAAGGUAUUCUAAGCCCUCUUGAUGGACGGUCCAUGGAAAAUAUUCCUAGCAACAAGAUCUUGCAGGAAAAUGAAUUUGAAACGGACGGCAUUGUUGUAAAGUGCACCGAGGUAUUCUAUUUGCAAAGAAAUCAUGAUCCACAUGGUCCUACCGUUCCAGCCGUGCAGAGUCAGCUGAGCAAGGAGAUUGCCGCAGCCUGCUGUGCUGCUCUCUGCCCUCACCUGAAAGGCUUGAAAGAAAUUGGAACAAACAAAUUGAGUCUCAGGGUCUCUUUAGAAACUGACAAGGUUGAAUACCAAGCAGGUUCACAGGGCCUGCUCCUUCCACAACACUACAUGAAUGACCUGGAUAGUGCUUUAAUUCCAGUUAUCCAUAAUGGAAGCUCUUAUGCUAGCAGUGGCCCUCUCGAGAUGGAGUUAUUCUUCUUUAUUCUGGAACAACUUAUUUGAAGAAGAAACUAUAAAUUUCCUGGAUCCCAUUAACCUGAAGUAGUGUUGAAAAAUGCACAAAAUCUGCAAACUGUCUGUCUGCUCGGAAUUGUCUCAAGGACACAGGGAUCAGUCCCUACAACGAAAUGACUAACUUCCCAUUCAGAAACCAGCCUGCGUUUAAUGGUACAGUCCCCUUUUGAGAAUUUCAGACAUGAAAUCUCCAGAAUUACUUGGCGCUCCGGAUGUUGAUGCCCCCAUUUUGGAUACUUGUAGCACCACAAUCUUUUCAAGUAGAAAUGAGAGUACCUGGUGCUAAUGCAAUUGUAUGUUAAAUCAUUUAAUAACCAAUGUAUGUCAAGUUAACAACACCAACGUGUUCCUGAAUGUUGGCAGAAGAUUGAGUAAUAAGUUCAACAGUUAACUGGUGCAGUAGUGUUUAGGACAAUUUCAAUUAAAGGUAAUAUUUUUUUUAAUAUAUGUUGUGUAGUAACUGAGAAAGAAAGCAAAUUACAAGUUUAAAAACAAUUUGGAUUCAAUGGAACUUGCAUUGUGUGCACAGAUUUGUAAUUAUUCUUUAAGCCUUCCUAAAUGUCAUAAGGCCAAAAAUUGAUGAAACAGAAAAGAAACAAUGCACUCCUAAAGUCUCGCACAGAGGUAAUUUCAUAAACUGAAGUUUGUGUAAAGAAAACGUGACCACAGUCAGACUUUUGAUUCUAUUUUAAAACAAUUAUUAAAAAGUAAGGAGCACAAGCAUAUGCAGAUUUUUAAAUAAAGCCUUCUGGAGGUUGGGAUGUUGGAGUGUUUAAAGGACCUCCAAACAGUGAAUGUCCUGUAAAUGAAAAAUAUAUUCUGCUUUUGAUAGUACCAUUUUCAUCGAGAAAGUAAUGUACGAGGGCAAAUGAUUGAUUUAAAUCGUUUCCUCCUUCACUCAGUUAAACAUAAGACAAUGAGGCUCACUCUGCAAUAGUUUUCAAUCAAAGGAAAGAAAUCUGCCAGCAGUGUUACUUUUGAUUUGUCAGGCUUCUUCCUUGAAGUAUGAAUCAUUCAGGAAGCCAUAAUAGGAAUGUUGAGCCAAAUUAUAUUCUCCUUUGGCAUAUUUCAUGCAUCUGAUAUUCCUUUGUGAGGAUCUGAACCUGUUAAUUAAUUAUGCUUUUUAAUAAUCUGUGUAUAGGGGCUAUUUUUCUUAUAAAAGCAACAAAUAGAAAUGUUUCAUAGACUUGUUUACACAAGAUUUAUACCAAUAUAUCUGCAUAAUAACAGAGUCUUUAUGACUGGGGUUUAAAAUUUCAGGAAUGCUUCAAUCAAUUGAAAUAUUUCCAGCAUAAUUAUCUUUCUUACCAUUUUUUAUUAUGUUUCUAAAAUGUGGUAAAGAAAUUAUUAUUCCAAUUGUGUUCUAUAAAAGUUAAAUCAACCUAAUGUUUUGAGACUGAUAAUAAUUGAUAUAUAAAUUAAAAUCAAUAUGUAGGCUUGUGGCUACAGGAUCCUUAAAUCUGUAAUUGAUGUUUCCCUACAGAUAGAAAUGUGCAAUUUUUCUACCCUAGGACUUGUAGAUCUCUUCUUAUUUGAACCUCUGAAAAGUGUUAAAUUGUGUAUUAUUUACCUAAUUUCUUAUAGGCUUUGUAUUACAUGUAUGUAGAAUCACUAAUCCCUAUUUCUCCAAGUGUAGUGUUUGGCUUUCUACUGCCAGCACGUGGUAAUAGAUGGAUUGGCACUUGACCUUCAAACUGCUUCAAAGACGUGCUUGAAAGUCAAAGUAGUAAAUGGUGCUGCACGUGUAUAUUGCAUCAGGCAGCAUUUUUGUAAUGUAUAACAAAGUCAAACUGCAGUCUCUUCAAGUGUUAAGAAUUUAAAAUGCAUUGACCUCAAUCUUGUAAAUGGGGAAUUAUUAAUUUCCUACAUUUUUAUUUAUAUGUAUCCUUGUAUAUUUAUGAUGAAAAUAAAUCACCAGAAAAUUAAA